CACCCCCUCCCUACGCACACUCGUUCUCCCUCAGCUGUUCUCGCUCUCUCUCUCUCUAUGUUCCAGCUCUGGAGCCUCCACAGCGCGGCUCGAUCGAUUCGCAUUGAUUGUCCCUGACGAGCUGCUCCACUUUCUAGCCAAUGUCAGCCGGUCUGCGAUCGGGAAGGAUAGAAAUGAAGGAAAAUCUCUGCCGCCCAAGCGGUGUCAUGUCCACACACUUGGGCUGAACGCCUGCCAAGCACCAGGGCUGGUCCGAAAAGACGGAGUGGAUUCUCAGACUGAGGAAGCGCGCAGGACCGACCGGGGGAGUGGAUUUCUGGAGCGCAUUGAUGGCUGAAUAUUGAGAUGAGGAACACUACUGAAUUCAAGAAACAACUCAUGUCGAAACAGAAAGAUGGUGGUGAUUGAUCUCGCUGCUGCAUCGCGUCUUUGGGGACAGUCGUCAAGAAUCUUCAGUGAAGGUUCCAGAUGGCCCAUGGAAGAACGUGGAUGAGGGCUUCGCUGUAGAGCAGGCAGAAGGCCUGUCUGUUGUCAGUGGGCUGAUUAGUCCAUCAAGGAGCGGCAUCACUCUCACCAGGGCACAGAACGGACCACGAAAAGGUUUUCCACACUCAUCCCUGCCCCCUGUCCACCCUUAUCCCCAACCCAGGCGGCACAUACGCUCUGGACCAUGUCUGGCGGGCUGUCCCAAGCGGGCCGGACUGAGGACCUGGAACGGAGUAGCUGCAAACAGGACUCUCCUGUUAUAGAACGCAGGAAUCGCAGUGGCAUCAUCAGCGCACCACUAAACAAGAGCCUUAAGAACUCCCGCACCCUCUCGCAGUACACAGCGGUCUCCUCCGCCAACAGCAAUGGACACAAAGACAAUAGUGAGACAAAGAGCCACUCGGCCAAGCCUCAGCAACCUACACCACCCCAGCCCACUGUCUCUGCACUGACAGCAGCUAAGUUGGACCGAACCCUAGAACAGGUUCUGGAGGGACAGAAUGGCCUGCUGCACUUUGCCCAGGCAGCAGCACUUUUGAAGCGCGCUGGUAUGGAGCACAUGCUUCUUCCUGGGGGCAUGGGAGUAGGAGUUGGCGGAGGAGAUACAGGCUCGGGGGCUAGCGACUUGGAGGGUACGUCUGUCACGGACGCCGUAGGUGGUCCUGUUGACUUUCCAUAUGGAGUAGGGGGCGGCUUCCCCUUCAACCCGGGGCUGUUCAUUAUGACGCCGGCUGGAGUGUUUCUGGCGGACAGCGCGCUGCACAUGGCCGGCCUGACCGAGUACCCGGCACAGAACGAGCUGGCCUCCGCUAUCAACUCCGGUAAAAAGAAACGAAAACGUUGCGGCAUGUGUCCACCUUGCCGGCGGCGGAUUAACUGUGAGCAGUGCAGCAGCUGCCGGAAUCGCAAGACGGGGCAUCAGAUCUGCAAGUUUCGCAAAUGUGAGGAACUGAAGAAGAAGCCCUCUGCUGCUCUGGAGAAGGUGAUGCUUCCUACAGGAGCGGCAUUCCGGUGGUUCCAGUAGGACUUCUCCUCCUCUUCCUUACCCAAAGCUCUGCCAUCAAGUGCAAUGCCAACUCUUUGGAUUGUCUCCGGACACUGGCUAACAAAUAAACAAGCAACAACAAGAAAAUACUAUAAAAAUAAAAGAACAAAAACAAAGCAGAAAAAAAGAUCUGUGGGAUAUCGGAUGCGCCUACUUAUUUCUUGAACCAAAAAUGAAGCGUGAAGAAAAGCGUCUAUGGAAACUUUAAUUCCCUUUUCUAUGUUUCCAUUUUGGUACCUUUUUGUCCUUUUUCCAGCAGCUUUUUUUUCUUCCAUGUCACCUGAACAUGGACCUGUUUAUUGCCAGAAGCAGAAAUGACGGACCCAAGUGUGGACAAUCAACUAAUUUCUGUGUUUGGUGUUAAUGUUGUUCAUGUGUGGAAAGAUACAGUAUCUGUGUAGAGAAUGUACUUUUACAGCUAUAUAUUUUAAAACUAGUGGCUAAUGGCAAACAUGUUCAUAAUUCUUCACCAGUACGUUACCGAAACCUUUGUCUGUUUUCAACAAACAGCAAAAAGGUUUUCGCGACAGCUUCAGAUUGCUGUAAAAUCCCACAUCCAAACAGGAAACGAAAACUGCGGUAAUGUUGUCCAUCAUCAGCCCUUGUCUGCAUUUCCAAACAAUUUUUUUAUGUGCAACUGGCAGCCUUACUUUUGUUAUUUUGGCCCCUACUGAGCAUGCUCCGUAGCAUGCUAUCCGGCCGAUAGCACUAAGAGACAGCACUUGCUCUGAGUCUACCCUACUGAACGCACUGAGACAAGAUUACUUUUUUUUUUUUGUAUUUGCUUUGUUUAUUUGUUCUAUUUUCAUGAUUUUUGUUAUGUUGUCGGGUAGCUGCAGCUCUUGAGAAUAACCGAUCUUUGUAUUUGUUUAGAAAAUUGGACUGUUUUUUGUGAAUAAAGAGGAAUGCAUGUAUUUGUGUCAAAUGUACAGUUCUGAUUCUGUUUGUCCACUGGUCACUCAUUUGAUUUCAAAAAGUACGCCAUCAUCAUUAUUUUGGGCAAUGGAACCUCUUUUUAUACUUGUGACAGUUAAGAAUGUUAAAAUUCCCACAGGAAGUCAUGGAAAUAAAAAUAUUCAGUUCCAAGGUCAAACUGUCAGCACCUAGGAAACCUUUGUUAACUGUUUAGACCAGGGGUGUCCAAACUUUUUCCAGCGAGGGCCACUUUGAUAUUUUGUAAACCAACACAUUGAGAUAUGCUAAGAAGCUACAGUAUAUGGAGCUCAAGAAAGAACUGCAUUUCACCUUUGUAAUACUGUAUAUCUGUAAUACAGGUGAAAUGCUACUAAAAGUGAUGUUUUUUUUCUAUAACAAUACCAGUUCAUUCUUGUAAAAUUGGCACUUCUGCUCUUCAUUCGAAUAUGACUAAUAUUUUGACUUUAUUCUCGGA